AUGCAUGUUGGAGUAAGGUCCGAUAAUGUUGGUUUCGUAGUGAAAACGAUGCAAAUCUAUGAGUAUGAUGAUUACGACGAUUGCCGCAGAUCGCAUCCCGAUUUUGUCUACUGCAUUGUGCAAUUGCGUCUACAGCCAGAUCCGACAUCUGUCAUCUGGAAUAGCAUACAGAAUUAUUCAUCUUCCCCUCGUCACUUCGACCGUCGAUCGGUCGAAGUUGGAUCGUGCUUGCAGGAAUGCCAUCCGCCAUUCGAAAGGAAUUCAGAACAUAUUACAACACUACUUGACGUUUGUUUACGCACCAAAGUAUGGUCCCUGUAUAAACUGAACUCUACUAUCGAGCGAGCGUCUUGCAGUGGCGCAGUGAAAUCGAACGCAGAGCAUGAGGAUGGCUGGAAGAUCGCUGCAGCAAAAGUGACGUUCGUCUGUUGGGCUGUAGGAGCCCUGUUCCUAGUCUCCUGGGCCACACUGCUUGACACCGGAAGCAGUUCACGAGCAUCCGAAAAGUUAAACACUCCACCGUCCGUAAUAGUCCAAUCGUUCUCCCUACGCCGGAAUCUACCGAGUCUUAUCCGGUCGGAAAAAAGAUCAAAGUUAAACCUGCAGCACGUAGAUGGGUUCCGCGCGCUAACGAUGAUGAUCAUCCUGUUGUCACACGCAUCGAUCCCGUUGAUAAAAAUGCCUCUGAAGAAUGUCCACAAGCUUGAGGGACAGUUCGAUCGAAGCUGGUUUCCGAUUGCAAUGGCAGGCAACACCUAUACGGUGCAGCUGUUUUUCGUAAUUGGCGGACUUUUGCUGGCGGUGAACGUUCUACAACAGACCAAGGAUAGUGCUACGGUUGGCGUGGCUUAUUUUAUCGAUCGAGUCAAAAAUCGUCUGAUCAGAAUACUACCAACCUAUCUGUUCGUGGUCCUAUUUCACGCAUCAUGGUACCCCAGUCUACACGAUGGACCCAUAGGCGAUCGAUUUAAAGAUCACUGCACGACCAAUUGGUGGACCAAUUUGCUAUUUAUCAAUAACUACAUUCAUCCUAGUGAACCGUGCAUACAAUUCAGUUGGUAUCUUGGUGCCGAUUUUCAACUUUAUCUAAUUGGAACUGCCAUAAUGAUACUGAUACGGAACCGACCAAAGCUGACCAAACAUGUUGCGUUGAUUAUGGUAUUGAUCGCAUUUGUAGUACCCUUCGUGAUUAUUUAUGUGCACCAUCUUGAUGCUACCGUUAUGAUGAUUCUGAGAUAUGUUCUUCUGGAAAUAAGAACCUUGCCCUACUAUAAAUCAGUGUACAUCCCGUUCGAGACAAAUGCUGGUAAUUACUUCUUCGGCAUGGUUGCUGGAGUGUCCUACUACAAGUUGAAGGAAAAUCCGAUGGCAGCAGAAAUUUUGAAGCUUAAAUAUUUGCUUCCGGGAAGUGCUGCUUUUUUUGUGGCUAUGAACGGAUUCACCCCAUUGCUGCCGUCGGAUCAUCUGCCCCACGCUUCUGUGUGGUUGGCUUUCUUCGGAUCGCUGCUGAAAAGCGCAUGGGGGAUAUUUCCAUCCAUCGUGCUGCUGCACUUAGCGUUUCGUAGUACACCUUCGAUAUUGGUAUCGGUGCUACAGCACCCGGUCCUGUUAGUUGCCGCCAAACUGAGCUACGCUGUUUACCUAACCCAAUACGGAAUAAUCUAUGCAAUCUACAAACACAUUACAUAUCCGUUAAUGUACGAUGGAUAUACAAUCAUGACUUUUACUGCUGCAAUUGUUACUAUAACUUUUUUAAUCGCUUUUUUUCUGUACCUAGUCAUCGAAGUUCCGUUCCAUACAAUGCUUAAACAUAGAUUCUACAAGCCUACAAGGAAGAAGCAAGACGGUUAA